AGGGGCAGGAAGAACUAAGAGUGGGGCCGGAACUCAGAGUCCUAGAAGGACAGCAAAGGGGUCUUGGGAGAGUAGCAACUGCCUUCCAAGCCCCUUUUCACAGGGACUGUUGACCACCAAAGAAAACUGAUUGUGGAAAUGAAGAGCUGCUGGAAAAUUCCAGUUUUCUUCUUACUAUGCAGUUUUCUGGGACCCUGGGCAUCUGCAACAAUUAAGCGCCGCCCAAGAUUUCCUGUCGAUUCAAAUUCUAAUGGUGAAAAUGAACUCUGUCCUAAGAUCAGGAUUGGCCAAGAUGACUUGCCAGGGUUUGACCUGAUUUCUCAGUUUCAGGUAGAUAGGGCAGCAUCUCGAAGGUCCAUCCAGAGAGUGGUGGGGUCCACUGCUUUACAAGUGGCUUAUAAGUUAGGAAGUAACGUGGACUUCAGGAUUCCAACCAGGCAUUUGUAUCCCAGUGGACUGCCUGAAGAAUAUUCCUUUUUAACUACUUUUCGGAUGACUGGAAGCACAUUGGAAAAGAACUGGAACAUUUGGCAGAUCCAGGAUUCCUCAGGGAAGGAGCAAGUUGGUGUGAAGAUAAAUGGCCAAACACAAUCUGUUGCAUUUUCAUACAAGGGACUGGAUGGAAGUCUCCAAAUGGCAGCCUUUUCAAAUCUGCCUUCCUUGUUUGACUCCCAGUGGCAUAAAGUCAUGAUUGGUGUGGAAAGGACGAGUGCUACUCUUUUCUUGGACUGUGUCAAGAUUGAAUCCUUACCUAUAAAGCCAAGAGGCCAGAUUGAUGUUGAUGGUUUUGCUGUGCUUGGAAAACUUGCAGAUAAUCCUCAAGUUUCUGUUCCAUUUGAACUUCAGUGGAUGGUGAUCCACUGCGACCCUCUGAGACCCAGGAGAGAAACGUGCCAUGAGCUACCAGUCAGAAUCACACCCAGCCCAACUACGGAUGAGAGGGGUCCUCCAGGUGCACAGGGCCCCCCUGGCCCUCCCGGCCCCCCUGGAGUUCCUGGCAUUGAUGGCAUUGAUGGUGAUCGAGGUCCCAAAGGUCCCCCAGGUCCCCCGGGUCCUGUUGGAGAACCAGGCAAGCCAGGAGCACCUGGGAAGCCAGGCACACCAGGCGCAGAUGGCUUAACAGGACCUGAUGGAACCCCUGGCUCCAUUGGACCAAGGGGACAAAAAGGAGAACCCGGGGUGCCUGGAUCUCGUGGAUUUCCAGGCCGUGGCAUUCCAGGACCCCCUGGUCCUCCUGGGACCACAGGACUUCCUGGAGAGCUUGGCCGUGUAGGACCUAUUGGUGAUCCUGGGAGAAGAGGACCACCUGGCCCCCCUGGACCCCCAGGGCCCAGUGGAACAAUCGGCUUUCAUGAUGGAGACCCAUUGUGUCCCAAUGCUUGCCCACCAGGUCGCUCUGGAUAUCCAGGCCUGCCAGGCAUGAGGGGUCACAAAGGGGCUAAAGGAGAAAUUGGUGAACCAGGAAGACAAGGACACAAGGGUGAAGAAGGUGACCAGGGAGAACUGGGAGAAGUUGGAGCUCAAGGACCACCUGGAGCUCAAGGUUUGAGAGGCAUCACUGGCAUCAUUGGAGACAAAGGAGAAAAAGGUGCUCGGGGCUUAGAUGGGGAACCCGGGCCUCAGGGUCUUCCUGGUGCACCUGGUGAUCAAGGACAACGAGGUCCUCCAGGAGAGGCAGGUCCCAAGGGAGACAGAGGGGCUCAAGGUUCUAGAGGAAUUCCCGGACUGCCUGGGCCCAAAGGAGACACGGGUUUGCCAGGUGUGGAUGGUCGAGAUGGGAUACCUGGAAUGCCGGGAACAAAGGGUGAAGCAGGUAAACCUGGACCUCCUGGUGAUGUGGGACUUCAGGGCCUGCCGGGUGUGCCUGGAAUGCCUGGUGCAAAGGGUGUUGCUGGUGAAAAGGGUAACACAGGUGCUCCAGGGAAGCCUGGUCCAUUGGGAAACUCAGGCAAACCGGGUCAACAAGGACCUCCAGGAGAGGUGGGACCUCGAGGACCCAGGGGCCUUCCUGGCAGCAGAGGAGAAAUAGGACCAGUAGGAUCCCCAGGCAUACCUGGUAAACUGGGACCUCUUGGUAGCCCUGGCCUCCCUGGAUUGCCUGGGCCCCCUGGACUUCCUGGAAUGAAAGGUGAUAGGGGUGUAUUUGGUGAGCCAGGUCCAAAGGGUGAGCAGGGUGCAUCUGGUGAAGAAGGUGAAGCAGGAGGACGGGGUGAUCUUGGAGAUAUGGGAUUACCUGGACCAAAGGGAUCUGUGGGUAACCCCGGGGAGCCUGGUCUGAGAGGGCCUGAAGGAAGUAGAGGGCUUCCUGGAGUGGAAGGACCAAGAGGACCACCUGGACCUCGAGGUGUGCAGGGAGAACAGGGUGCCACUGGCCUGCCUGGUGUCCAGGGCCCUCCGGGGAGAGCACCGACUGAUCAACACAUCAAGCAGGUUUGCAUGAGAGUAAUUCAAGAACAUUUUGCAGAGAUGGCUGCUAGUCUCAAACGUCCAGAUACAGGUGCUUCCGGUCUCCCUGGGAGACCUGGACCCCCUGGACCCCCAGGUCCCCCCGGAGAGAAUGGCUUCCCAGGUCAGAUGGGAAUUCGUGGCCUUCCAGGCAUUAAAGGUCCCCCUGGUGCCCUUGGCUUGAGGGGACCUAAAGGUGACUUGGGAGAAAAAGGGGAACGUGGACUUCCAGGAAGAGGACCUAAGGGUUUGCCUGGAGCUACAGGUCUUCCAGGUGACCCAGGCCCUGCCAGCUAUGGAAGAAAUGGCCUGGAUGGUGAGCAAGGGCCCCAAGGAGUGGCAGGAAUUCCUGGUGUGCCUGGCCCUCCAGGGCCUCCUGGUCCUCCUGGUUUUUGUGAGCCAGCCUCCUGCACCCUGCAGGCUGGGCAACGGGCAUUUAGUAAAGGGCCUGACCAGUGAAUGGCUUGGUGCUGCAAGCGGUCCAUAUAAACGGUGCCUGGUGAAGGAGCAUGGAGGAGAGACAGUACCCAGAGCUGAGGCCAAGAUGAUAAUGUGUUACCUUCAACAUGAUUACAGAAGUCCUACUUGACAAUCAGAUUUAGAACAGUGGUGCUAUUCAAUACUUCUUGUUUCUCUUCUCUUGAAAAGGACAGGAGAGUCAUCAGCAAAAGUAAUAAAUUAUAGAUGUAUAAUUUUCCUCCUAGGACCUUGAAUGUUAGUGUGCUAUACAUAUGUGAGUUAUUGUGGGCCUCUGGGCCUACAAACAAAAAUAACUUGUCUGGUUUACCUCAGUUGCAGUUUCAAUUUAGAUUUUCUUCUCGGAUAAUGGAUUCAUUUACUUAGAAUUUUACUAGGCUAGUCAUGAAGAAACCCCACUGUAUUCAACAUACCUGGUGCUUACAAUCCCAGUCAAUGUGCUCUUUUGAGAGUGUCAAGAAAGGGCUAUGUUACAGGAAGUGAUAUCCUUUCAUUGUAUUGAUUUUCAUCUUCAGUCUGGAUCUGUCAGCUGUGUGUACUGUACCCCAAGCCCUUUAAUGUUUUGAGCUUUUCUAUGUGAAAGCAAAAAAAGUUAUUUUAAUACCCUGGCACUUAUAAGUUUUAUUGACAAGAUUAUUUAUUGUAAAGGUUUGAGGUAACAUCUCUGGUUGUACCAAAGAAGAAAUAAAUAUGUUUCCUAAUCUCUUGAAUGUUUUCUUAUAAGUAAUCAUGUUAAGUGAAGCCAUUGACUUUAUUUAGAUACAUUAAAAUUGCUGGUAGUUCCAAAAAUA